AUGCCUGUGGAUUACAGUAAAUGGGACGCACUGGAGCUCAGUGACGAUUCCGACAUUGAAGUGCACCCCAACGUCGAUAAGCGAUCGUUUAUUCGCGCGAAACAGAACCAGAUUCAUCAGGAGCGCCAGCAUAGAAAACUUCAGAUCGAGACUUACAAGUACGAGCGUAUAGUCAACGAUGGAUUGAUCAAGCGCAUUUCAGGCCUCUUGGCAUCGCUCCGAGCUCAUGCCUCUGAGGCUGCCACCCGAAACCCGGCUGAGGUUGCUUUCCAAGCUGUGAUGGAGUCGGCUGGAAACCCUAAGGAUGACAAGCCCCCCGUACCACCUGAGGGAGUUCACACUCACGAGAAGGAGCAGCCGUCGUACACCAAGAUGAUGGCUACACUCCUGGACCAGGUCAACAAGGCUCUGGAUGAGAAGAAGCCUGAGAACAGAUACGAGGCCAUGAUUGCUGAGAUCCAGGAACAUGAGGACAAGGUUACCAACUUGCAGAAAGAGCUUGAGAUUAAGCUGGCGGAGCUCGAGAAGGAGGAAGGCCGAAAGAUCACCAGCGAGGGAAUUCACACAGGUUUCGACAGCUCGCAUGUCGCCAAGUCUACGCCCGAAGAUAAGAAGAAGGAGACUACGCAGGUGGAGCUUUUGAACCCUGGCGCCGCCGCGGGAUCUUCGUCGAGCUCGGGAGCCGAGAAGCAAGACGUCAAGAUUGACGACGACAGCGAUAUCGAGUCUUCACCAGCUGGAAAGAAGUUUGGUACCAUCAAGGCGAACGACUACCAGACCAGUCUCCAGUUCCUGCUACAGAACCCCCAACUGUUGGUCGAGAAGGAGACCGAUGGUCUUCUUGUCCAGGCUUUUGAUGCUGCUCUGGAGGGCAAGGAUGACCUAUCGCGACAGUACAUUCACCAGGGACUGCUUCUACAGUACUGCCGGGCCCUUGGCAAGGAUGGUGUUGGACUGUUCUUCAAGCGCAUCAUGACCAAGGGACACCAAGCGCAAGAGGUGUUUUACAAGGAUGUGCAAGAAACUUAUAUGAAGAUCAGAACCCGUUCCCGCGAGAUCCUAGCGGAGCGAGCCAAGGAAGGUCAAACAGAAGGCGUUGAGCAGAUCCAGCUGCACGCCGUGGAACCUGGCACGGUCAUCAACAUCAAGGUUCCUGCUGCUGACAGCGAGGACCCCGAGGAGCAGGAAGCGCGCGAGAUCUUUGAGCAUUUCGCCCCCGAAAUGCGCAAGGCUCUGGAGACGGGUAACCUAGACGAGGUGAACAAGGUGCUGGGCGAGAUGCCGAUUGACGAGGCUGAGGAGCUCGUGGGUCUCUUUGGCGAGGCCAACAUUUUGAGUUUGGAAGAGCAAAUCAUCGAUGCUACUACGGAGGAGGGAAAGAAGCAGCUGAAGGAUAUUGAAGCUGCGGCUUCAUCGGAUAAGAAGGAGGAAUACGAUGACCCUGAGUAA